UUAAAGGAUUGUUGUUUAAAAGAUAAAUCUUUAUAUGAUAUUAAAAUGACAGCGGUAUUACGACAAUCUCCAUUACCACCACCAAGAACAUCGUCUCUUCAGAACCAGAAACAAGGAGGAGAUCGUCUUCAUGCAUCAUCUUUGAAUUGUAAAAUGAAUAUGGAAUUGCAUGAGACAUGUCUUGGAGAUUAUAUUUUAGGACAGACACUUGGUGAAGGAGAAUUUGGAAAAGUGAAGUUAGGAUGGCCAAGACGAGGGUUAAUGCAAUUGCCAAAUGGACAAGUUAGACCAGAUGUGCAAGUAGCUAUUAAACUUAUUCGAAAAGACUCAAUUAAUGGUUCACGUACACGUCUUAAUAAAAUUAGACGUGAGGUUUCAAUUCUUCGUUAUGUUUGUCAUCCAAACAUUGUUAAACUUUUUGAUGUGAUUGAAACUACUCAAUAUAUAGGCAUUAUAUUAGAAUACGCAAGUGGUGGUGAACUUUUUGACUUUAUUCUUGUUCAUCGUUAUCUUAAAGAUAACAUUGCUUCUAAGCUUUUUGCACAACUUAUUAGUGGUGUAUCAUAUCUUCAUAAGAAAGGAAUAGUGCAUCGAGAUUUAAAGUUGGAAAAUUUAUUACUUGAUAGAAAUAAGAAUAUUAUUGUUACGGAUUUUGGUUUUGCUAAUGUUUUUGAUGUUGGCGAUAAUUUGAAUAAUUUUCAUGAUAUAGAUGGCGUUAGCGAAAGAUCAUUUAAAAGAGGUGAUCUUAUGCAAACUAGUUGUGGUAGUCCUUGCUAUGCUGCACCUGAAUUGGUAAUUGGUGAUGGCUGUUAUGUUGGUAGGAAGGUAGAUGUUUGGAGUUGCGGUGUUAUUUUGUAUGCUAUGCUUGCUGGAUAUCUUCCUUUUGAUGAUGAUCCAAAUAAUCCCGAUGGUGACAAUAUAAAUUUAUUAUAUAAAUAUAUUAUUAAUACGCCUUUGACAUUCCCGGAAUAUGUUUCUGUUCUUGCUCGAGAUCUUUUAAAGAGGCUUCUUGUUCCGGAUCCUAAACGACGUGCUUCAUUGCAAGAUAUUACAACACAUCCUUGGUUAAUUCAUCAUAUAGAUCUAUUUAAUAUGCCUUUCAAUUUACCAGAGACGUCUGCAUUUAAUGCGUCAAAUGAAAAAAGACAUGUAUCUUCUAAUAUCAUAUCGCAAUCAAAAGCACCAUUUAAACUUAAUCGUGAAAAAUACAAUGGUUAUAAUGAUUAUUCUUCUCCAUGUUCAGGAUAUAUGUCGAAAGGACAACAAGCAUCAUCUGCGUCAAAUAAUCAUAAACGUCAUACUGUUCAUAUAGAUUAUGAAUCACAUAUACAGAAUUAUAGUCCUUCUUUUCUAAGUGAGGAAAUGCCAUAUUCAAAAUAUACUUCUAUUAAUGAUAAUUUUAAUGAUAUGAUGUCUAGUUUGAAUAUUUCUUUAUCUGAAAAUACGUUAUCUCAUGAUACUAAUUACAAUUCUGCAUUAACUCUUACAGCAGUUUCUGAGAAUAAUAAAACAUCUGCAUCUAUUAAGGGACCAACAAAGGUUUCAGCAGUUUCACAAUUAAAUAAAUUACCUGCGCCACCUAAAAAGCCUCGACCAACAAGUUAUCAAUCUCCUGUGGGUAUUUUUGAAGGUUCGAGUCUUAAUCUUUUUAAUUCUUUGAAUACAAAUGCACGAAAUAAGCAAUUUAAACGAAAUACUGUUUAUAUACCAACAUCUAAUUCUACAUCUUCAAAACCACCCUUUUUAUAUGAAAAAGGUGAUUUAUAUGUAACACGAGCUCCUCCUUCUUUGUUACCUAUACCUGCUGUUUCAAAAAAUGCUGAGCUUUCAAGACCUCCUUCUCCUUUGAAAUAUACUUCAAAUGUAACUUUAGGGACUUCAAUGGGAAUGUUACCAACAGAUGAUAAAUAUGUUCCAAAGAAAGUUUCUAAUACUCAUAAACGUGGAUCAAAUAGUAUUUCUAUUGGAGCUGAACGAUUAUUUGGAAAGAUAUGGAAUGGCAAUUUAAAUCAUUCACUUUUCACUGUAUCUACUAAUAAAAACUAUAAAAAUACUCCAUGCACUUCUCAUAUGGAUUUAUUAACACAUAAUGAAUUAGAUUCAACUAAAUUAAAUGCAAAAAAGACAUCUAAAAUUUCAAAAACAAAGAAAAUAUUUGCUAAUUGUACAAGUGAAAAGAAUAAUACUUCUCGUGUAAUGAGUUGGUUUACAAAAAAACGAAAAAAUAAAGAUGUUUUAUGAUUAACUGAUUUAAUUGAUUAAUUUGUUGUAUUUUAUUGUAAAGAGG